AUGGAGAGGCCUGAUGACAUAGGCUUGGAUCCUUUACCAUCACACCUGGGGAGGCAGCUGCAGCUGCCACGGGCUCACAUCCAGACGCCUGCUGGUGGGGACAAGAAGGUCAUCACAAGGAAGGUUUUGGGAACAGUAAAAUGGUUCAGUGUGAGAAACAGGUAUGGCUUCAUCAAUAGGAAUGACACCAAGGAAGAUGCAUUUGUACAGCAGACUGCCAUCAAGAACAGUAGCCCGGGAAGCACCUUCACAGUGCUAGAUGGAGAGACUGUGGAGCUGGAUGUUGGUGAAGGAGAAAAUGGGCCAGAGGCAGCAACUGUGACCCGCCCUGCUGGAACUCCAGUGCAGGGCAGUAAAUAUGCAGCAGAUCGGAACCAUUCUAGAAACUCUCCGUGGUGCAGGGGUCCGCCACGCAAUUCCCAGCAGAAUUACCAGAAUAGUGAGAGUGGGGAGAAGAGUGAGGGAUUGGAAAGUGCCCGCAAAGUCCAGACCCAACAGCGCCAGCCCUUCCGUAGGCGACGGCUCCCACCUUACAACAUGCGGAGACUGUCUGGGCAUCGACCACAGUAUGCCAUCCGUCCUGUGCAGGGAGAAGUGAUGGAAGGUGCUGACAACCAGGGUGCAGGAGAGCAGGGUAGGCCAGUGAGACAGAAUAUGUAUUGGGGUUGUAGACCACCAUUCCAGAGCCCUCCACCCCAAGGACAGCCUAGACAGGAUGGCAAUGAGGAAGGUGAGGAAAAUCAAGGAGAUGAGAUCCAAGGUCAGCAGCCCCGUCACUGUCGGUACCGCCACAACUUCAACUGCCAACACAGACACCCAGAAAACCCUAAAUCACAAGAUUGCAAAGAGACAAAAGCAGCUGAUCCACCAGCUGAGAAUUCCUCCACUCCUGGGCUGAGUAGAUGCUGGCUUACCAUCCUUACCAUCAUCUGGUUUAGUCACAGCAUGAAGAAAUUAAGAUGA